GUACACCAAGAGACUUUUUGGAAGCAAGCCGUCUGUGCGCGCGCAUGUCUCGCCCUUUCCUCUGAUUCCAAGUUUGCAAUAAAUAAUGGCUUCGACUGAGGAUCCGAAGCAAACCGAGCUUAACGGCGACGUGAAUAACGAAGCGGGGAAGUGCGGCUGUAAAAAGUUUAAAAUGGACGGUUUCAAAGUGACUGUUGUUUUGGGUGCUCAAUGGGGAGACGAAGGCAAAGGCAAAGUCGUGGAUAUGCUGGCUGUCAACUCCGACAUCGUGGCUCGCUGUCAGGGCGGUAACAAUGCCGGGCACACGGUCGUCAUCGAAGGCAAGAUGUUCGACUUCCAUCUGCUGCCCAGCGGUAUCAUCAACCCGAAGUGCACGUCUGUUAUUGGCAACGGCGUGGUGAUCCACUUGCCCGGGCUGUUCGAGGAGUUGAAGAAGAACGAGUCGAAGGGCAUGGUGGACUGGCAGACGCGGCUGAUCAUCUCCGACAGAGCCCACCUGGUCUUCGAUCUACAUCAGCAGGCGGACGGCCUCCAAGAAGCAGAGAAGGGCAAGAACUCCCUCGGCACGACCAAGAAGGGCAUCGGACCGGCCUACUCGUCUAAAGCCACACGCAACGGCAUCCGCAUUGGGGACCUGCUGGGAGACUUCAAAGUCUUCGAGGAGAAGUUCCGUACCCUGGUAUCGGUGUACACGCGCAUGUUUCCGUCCCUACAAGUGGACAUUGAGGAGGAGUUGUCCAGGUACAAGUUGUACGCGAAGCAGGUCCGCCCGCUGGUGAGGGACACGGUGUCCUACCUGCACAAGGAGAUCGGCAAGGGCCGCCGCGUGCUCGUCGAGGGAGCCAACGCCGCCAUGUUGGACAUCGACUUCGGUACAUACCCGUACGUGACGUCAUCGAACUGCAGCAUCGGCGGAGUAUGCACCGGGCUGGGCAUCCCCCCACGGUCCAUUGGUGACGUCAUCGGAGUCGUUAAGGCGUACACCACGCGCGUCGGAGACGGCCCCUUCCCUACAGAGCUGAACGAUGAAGUAGGUCGACUGCUACAGGAGCGUGGUCAAGAGGUGGGCGUGACCACGAAGCGCGUGCGCCGCUGCGGCUGGCUCGACCUGGUCGUCGUGCGAUACACCACCAUGGUCAACGGAUACACCUCGGUAUGCUUAACCAAGAUGGACGUGCUGGAUACGCUGAAAGAAAUCAAGAUCGGGGUCGCGUACAAAUUGAAUGGAAAGAGAAUCGAUUACUUCCCGUCUUCCAUGGCCGAGCUUAGUAACAUCGAGGUGGAGUAUAUAACCCUACCGGGUUGGGCACAGAGUAUAGAGGCGGUGCGGGAGUACGAGCAGCUGCCCGACGCGGCCAUUGAGUACGUCCGGACCAUCGAGGACCACCUGCGGUUACCUGUGAGGUACAUCGGCGUGGGGCCAGGCCGCGAGUGUAUCAUCGAGGGGCGUUAAAAUAUCGGCCGGUACUUAGUGUCACUUGUUAACUAUAGUUGUACGAUGUUAACCGGCUCCAGUGCAAAUUAUUAUUAUUCUUAGUAAUAGCCUUCUACACGGGAAGCAGGUUGCACACAUGUGUAUGAAUACUGUUCACCAGACCUAUGAAAUCUUCAGAUUAGGUUAGAGACGGCACAACGCUAGGGAGAUCUUCUAUCGUGUGGUUUGUGAGGUGGAUUACCAACCUCAUCAACCCUGGUGUCAUGGUUACUAUUGAGCGUCAAAGGCCUCAAGUAACGACUACGUACUUACAGUAAGUAGUAACCGGGACCAACGGCUUUCUUUCGGACAAUCAGGUGGUCAGCCUGUAAUGUCCUAACCAGGCUAGGAUGAUGUUUAUACAGAUGUGUGCAGCUUGUAACAAUAAAAUUCACUGCAUAUUGGAGUUAGUCCGAGGUCCAAUCGAACCAGCGAGGUAGAAUUAUUACGAAAACAAUCAGUAUUCCUGUAUCGAAUUACUGUUAUGCGGAUAUGAAACUCAUAUACAUGUACUUUAUCCUACAUCCGAUGAAGUUAGCAUGUGUUUUUAGAACAACAAAGCGUUUGAAUGAAGACGAGAUUUUAUAAUGUAUAUUAUACAAUCAUUAACCUCACGCCCGUAAUCUCUUAUGGGGUGGGCAGAGCCACAAGGAAUCGAGACAACUUGCAGCCACCGUUGAUACCAAGAACUAAGAUGGAUGUUAAUGUAUAUUAUAAGUUGGUAAAUUAAAAUUUAUGGCGUAUUUCACAUAUUUCAAACCAUAGCAUGAUUAGAAUGACAACAGGACAGGGACGUGUCUGUAUACUAACUGUAUACUGUAGGUGCAGCUUAUUGCGAAAGAGAUGAGAUAUACAGUCAUGAGCAAUAUGAUGUACACACUUUAGAACCCUGUCGCACUAUCAUAUUUGAUAUUUAAUGAGACUUACGGUUUAAUUUGUCAAAAAAGUUAAUGUGACAUGGUAUCAAAGUGUAUUCCUAUUAGUACCCGUGACCGUACAUCUAACGGUGUCUCUCUAAUCAUGCUACCAGCGGCCAUUUUGUACUAGCUUAUAGUAGACAUUGAACAAACUUGUAUGGAAUCAAGCGAAACGUAUUAGGUAUAAUGUUUUAAAGGGAACCUCUAAUCCCUGACGCACUAUAUCCCUAAGGUCUGCUAAGGGUGAUAAGUAACACCAUUUUGUAUCCUCCUUGUACCAGGAGCUUAUAAAUAACGUACAAUCGGCGCAGGCGCCUAUAUUUACCAACGGUUGUCGCAAGAGUCCAAACGCUUUGUAGUCCUUUAAACACGGUUUUUAACCGACUUCAAAAAAGAAGGUUUUAUAUAAACGGGAAGGUUUUCCAAGUACUUAUUCAUCGGGUUACCGAACGGUAAAGUUUAUAAUUAUAUUCUUUUAUUGUCAUUGCAUGAUACCUAAUAUUCGCAGUGUUCUCGCUUAGUCAAUUUGUGAACUAUAUUUGCUAUAAUUGUCGGAGUUUAGACGCGCCGGUCGCGUCUACAGUACGUCGUCCAGUUCGCGUUAUUCGUACUUAGCUUGUGUAGUAUUUGCGACAAGGGUCUUCUGGUACGUGGCGCCAUAGUCGUGGAACUUAACUCCUUACACGUAACAUGAUAAGAAUGGCAGCAGGGCAGCAGCCCCCAUGGCACAGCAACCGCGCCGCGGCUCGAAUUAUAUCCAAGACUUCGACCAUUGGCUUUGUUACCUUUUAAAAAUGAAAUCACUGAACUUAACAUUUCUUAAAUCAGGAACAAUAUUAGAGAAACCGCAAAAACCUGUGUGUCGCGAAGCUGAUGCAGCGAAAUAGUUUUUGUUUACUUCGUUUGCAAGUGUAUAAAUUGCUACCUACAUGUUCCUUAUUUGUUGUAUUUGUUCGAGGAUGAUAUUAUGUUGCAAAUUGGAAGCAACGAUGGUGAAUGCCGGUGUACGGAUAAACCAAAGUUGGUUUUUGUUGCACCGCCAACUGUAAAAAAAUUGUAUUAAGUACUAUACUUAUUUUUAAUAAAUAAAUAAAUAAAAUCUGCGUAGAUAAACUUUCGAGUAGAUAGCGUUUCGCUGCGUGUAUUGGUCGAAGCCGGUGGUAUAAUUUCCCCCGCUCGAGGCGCAUUGUCGAACAGAACCUGCAGGGCAAAGAUAGCUCAUCUCUUUCACACUAAUGGUGUACGGCUUAGUGCGAAAGAGAGAGAUGUCACUCUUAUCACGCUGUUUUAAGAAUCCUAUGGAAACGCCAUUAUUGACAGUUGUUAUAAAUGGAGAAUGGAUGGCGUUAGUCUAAUAGAAAGCUCGGUGAGGUGUCUGUACUUAAAUCGCCUUGCGAUGGAUGUACCUUUGACUACUCCUAGCUUGUUUUUAAAUUGGAAAUGGUCACACCAGCGCCCUCCUGUCAAUAUUAUCCACGCGUCAAAAGGUUCUUGUCUAUCUAUACAUACACCACUCGCGUUAUAGCAAGGUGCGUAGGCAAGCUGUCAGAAUGGUACAGUUUUUGGUGUCUCUUUCGCUCUAGAGUGUUACUCUAUCUUUCUGUCCUGUAACGCACCAUGCAAUAGCGCAAAUGAUAUUAUAAAGCGCACUGUGUAGUACUGCGCUCUGUGUUACAUAGAUUGUGUCGUUAUCUUGGAUCCGUACUUGUGAAGUAGGGUUGUAACGGACCUACUGGAUAUAUUCACAUUCAAAUCCAAUUCAAAUUCAAAUAUAUCUUUAUUGAUAACAUAGUUACAUUUUGAAUCGUCAAUUUUUACAUAACUUAUACGAAUAUUGAUACCAUUGAUAACUUAUACGAAUAAUUGUGCGAGGUUGCAAAAUUUUGACACAGUAUUUACGCAAUCAUUUUCCGUAUUUUCGUUACAACCCUAAUGUAGACUUAAAAUUAAAAACAAACAUAUUUCGAGACCAAAUCUGUACUUAUCAAAUACAAUUUUAUAUUCGAAUGAUACAUGGAUCUGCUGAUAACGAUGUUUAUGCUGGUGCUUAGUACAUAAUGGAAUUGUAUUAUGGAAACUUGAGAACGGCUCUCCAAGGGAUUUGUUUUACAGCAAUAAUUAUAAUAGGGUUUAUCGGUUAUCUAGUUUAUCGGUUUCAGCCGAUAUAAUUUAACACCAAUAUACUUGUCGACUAACAAGACUAAAAUAAUAUAGUAUUAUUAUUAUAUUUUAUAUAUUCGGACACCAAUGAUUAUGGAUUCCUAACUGUGAAUUAGUGAGAAUGAUUGUAAUGAUAAGUUAAUGUUUCAAAUAAUGUUUUGACGUAGCUUGUGCGUAAAGAAAGCACAAAGACAUGUCAGAUAAAGACCUUUUUAAUAGCAUAUAAUUUUUAAUAUUAUGUUUUAAUACUUUCUGUUAGCAGCCACUAACUUUUAAUUUAGGCAUUCACAUUUCCAUUUUCGCCCGAAUCGACAACUUUUGAAAUUUAACAAGAGACCAUUUCGAAUUUACUUAGUUACUUUUUUAUGUUAAAAAUCGAUUUUUGUACAAGAAAUUCCCAUUCCAAAGAUCUUUUUUUGAAAAAUCUUAUAGGUACUUACUUACUUUUAAUUAGUAAAUCAGUUUUUUUUUGCUUUUACAACAUUCUUUGAGGUGUGUUUUUAUGUGAUAUCGAUAUUGUAUUAAUGUAAAUAUUUCAAUACAGUUAUAUGCCAAUAAAAUAAUGGUUUAUUCUUUUA